CAAAGGUUAGAAAUACGCCGGAUGAGGGUUUCCACGGUAUACCGCGGUAUUGAGCUAGCUGUGAGCGCUUGGUGAUCUUGACAGACAACGCAAAACGGAGAUCUGGUGAUCACAAUGACUUCAGCAGUAGAAGACAUGGCUGUGAAAGUUUCCAGAAGCAGGUUUUAUCCUUGGGAGUUUAAUAGGAAAGGAAAGUUACCACUCUGGGGUGUCCUGCACCGUAUGGCAAAUCUUGGCAUAUCACAGCAGUUCUUUCAGCGGGGUGCUGAAGUCGCCUACGGAAUGCGCUUUGCCCGUUGCCAAAGUGUGCAGUUCAGUCCCGCCUAUCAUGAGCUGAUAGAAUUCCCGGGAAGAGCUGUCCGUUUUGAAGCCAAAAUGAUCUUCGUCGGGAAAACCUCGUAUAUGUAUGAGACGAAAAUGUUUGACCGAGACACCGACAAGGAACUAGUCAGUCGGCAAAUUCAGAUGGUCAACAUCGACAGGGAGACGCGCAGGCCGAAGCCACUUCCUGAUUGGGCGAUCGAGCAGUACUCGCACCUGACAUCACGCCCUGCAGCGGUACAACCAUUCGACCUGUCUGAUGUCAAACCAGCCUUUGUCUAUCCGGUGACAGUGGCACCAAGUGACAUCGACAGGAACAUGCACACUAACCAGUCUCAGUACGUACGCUACUGUUUCAACUGCGCGGCGGCGGGGGCCAAGAGGGGCGCGUACUCCAUCAUCAGUGGUGACCUUCUCGACUACGACCUCCGAAGUGUUGACCUGCUGUACCAGAGGGAGUCGCGAGAGGGCGACACCCUCCGCAUAGAAUCCUGGGAAGACAUCAGGGAGCCUGAUACCAUCAAGUUUCAGGUCAAGCGAGGAGACAACAAUAUACUGCAGUGUAAAAUGAGCUUUCGUAUACCCAGUGUCCCUGACAUCGAGAAGGCAAAACUUUGAUCAGAUUGAUUUCCCUUUUUUGGGAAGACCAUGUUUAAUUAGGACAGAUAGUCCACGUUAUUAGAAAUUGUCAAUGAAAAAAUUACAGCAAAGUUAAGCAACGAAUGUACCAUGCAAAGAAUCUAAUAUUAACUGAAUUCUUAAAUGUCAAUGUUACAUCAUAAUCAUUUCAAUGUCAUGUUAUGAAAUCUCUCUCUUCUAUGAUAAAUUUAAUUUUGUGUAUUAAUGUUACAUUCCCUACAUUUAUCUUAGAGAGCACAACUAUAAUUUAUCAUGAAACUCUUUGUAUUCCAUACCUCAUAUUUGUUGAUUGUAAGUCUUUGUAGAUAUCAUAUUUAUAAUCAAUGUUAAGAUAUGAAUAUAAUGUAAAUAUUUGAAUUUUUGUGUUUGGUGAGAAAACCAUAUUUAAACAUAUUUGAGUUGACGGCUAUUGAAGUCAAAUCAGUUUUAGGAAAUCAACUUUAGCUUUAAUAUAAAGCAAAGUUUUUUGUACCUCUACCAAUUUCCAGUUGUGAAAAUGACCCAUUCUGAACAUAUACAUGGUCUGACUCUCUGUGCCAUCAUAUGAUUCUGUUCAGAAAGUCUGUAAUAAUGUGUCGACAUUACAUGUAACAUUAUAUCUA